AUGGAGUUCAGGGAUCUAACGGCCAGGGCCGGACUCUGGUAUGAAAACUUCAUGAAGAAUGCAGGUGAGGAACCAUCACUAACUGCUGUACAACAGCGAUGCAUAGAUGUUUAGUUUUGGUAUUAAAAAGGUAAAUGUGCAAUUCCAGUGGAAGCCAGAGGAUAACGCAUAAAAUCAUUAUGCAACAUUCUCUUCCAUCGUGUUACUUGGUGGAAACGGACAGAUAUUGACUGUUCAUCUAGCCAUGGUUUGUCUUCUGGGCUUGAUGAAAUGGUGCUGAUAAUUAAAAGCCAUGGGAAUCGUCUCUAAAUAUACCCUCUUAAACUUGUUCAUAUUGUUGGUGUAUCUCCGUUGAAUGGUUGGCUAGAUGGCAUGAUGCAUUGAGUUCUGUUGAAUCACACUCAUCCCUUCUCUGCUGUCCAGACCCCAGGACAGAAGACUGGUUUCUCAUGUCAUCGCCGCUCCCCCAGACCGUAAUAAUUGUGGCGUACAUCUACUUUGUGACGCGGCUGGGGCCCAGACUCAUGGAGAACCGCAAGGCCUUCCACCUCAAAGAAGUUCUCAUUAUCUACAACUUCAGCGUGGUCGCCUUGUCCCUCUACAUGUGCUAUGAGGUGGGUCUCUUUCUCAAUGGACUUCUGACAGGCUCUAGUAUUUGUUAACGCCUCGUCAAGCAGUAUGGUCUGUGAGGCAAGCAGCAAAAAACGAAACAAUUGUGAUUUGUAAUACUCUACACUACACUCUUUAGUUUCAAUGUGAAGACAAUGCAUUUCAGUUGGUGUCUAGUCUUUGUUUAAAGGAGAGUAAGUGCAACAACAGCUGUGUUGUGAUUUGGAGUAUGUCGAUUUUAAUUAAUUGUCUCUUCCUGUAGUAUGUGAUGUCGGGUUGGGGGACGGGCUACACGUUCCACUGUGACCUAGUGGACUACUCGGAAUCGCCGCAGGCAGUGAGGGUAAGAGCUGUGGGAUGUGACUCUACCUGCUACAGUACAAUCAGAGAUCUUGAAACUACUAGUACUGGCAGUUCCUUUCUUCCUAUUAACACCCAUUCACCUGUGGAUUCCUCCACUGUCUCUAGAAUGCUAACAAACUGUUGGAACAAAGAAUCAUUGAGAGCAGGCCAUUCCAUAGCUGUGAUUCACACCACGUUUCCUGUGUUGCAGAAUGUCAUUAGUUGUGUGGCGAGGCCUGUUAGGUCACCACCAUUUUGAAUUAGAUGGUUUUGCUUAUCUGUAAGAAAUGUAAUUAUUCCUGUCUUGCCACUAAUAACCUCGAUCUCUUGCUCUCUCCCCCUUUAGAUGGCUGGGACGUGUUGGCUGUACUACUUCUCAAAGUUCAUAGAGAUGUUGGACACAGUAAGUUGAUUCCCUUUAGUACAGCUUUCUGACUGUCUGUGUCUCCCUUGUUCAGUUGUCCGUUUUUUUCUUUGUCUUGUUCUGUUAAAGGCCCAGUGUAGCUGUUUUUAUAUCAAUAUGAAAUCAUCUCUGGGUAAUAAUCAAGUACCUUACUGUAAUAGAUUUCUAUUAAAUUGAGCAAAAAUAGCUUUUUAGCAAAAAUAUUUCUCAAGCAAGAAUUUUACUAGGACUGUCUGGAAGUGGUCUGAUUGGGGAGAUGAAAAGUGAAAAAUAGAUGUUAUUGGCAAAGCAGUUUGGAACACUCUUUAUUGGUCUAUUCACCAAUUUACCGCAUGGUGAUGUCACCAUGGAAAGCAGACACUCCCGCCCAUGCAAACGUACUGAUUAGAAGGUCCUAUGUAGAUUGUAUUUUCAACCAGCAACUUUUAGGAAAUGACACUGAUCACAUUUUUUCACACUUUUACCGUGUUAGUUUCAUCAGCUGUUGUACAAUAUGAUAUAAACCACAGGAAAAAACUGAAUUUUGACCGCACUGGGCCUUCAAGUUAAAUGGCUGAAUUCUCCCUUCUUUCAGAUCUUCUUUGUUCUGAGGAAGAAGAACAGUCAGAUUACGUUCCUCCAUGUCUACCAUCACUCUAUCAUGCCCUUUACCUGGUGGUUUGGGGUCCGGUUCGCUGCAGGUACAGUAUACAAGUGCUUGAGUUGGUACCGUGACUGUCUUAGCACAUUGGUGUCAUACAACUCCUAAUGGGGCAUCAUACCAGCAGAUUUAUGUAAUGAUGGUCUGUACCAGAAAAAUGUCAGUAUUCAGCAUGUUGUCUUCCUUAGUAGCUGUUGUCGAAGUGGAACACAGAAACAUGCCCAUUUUAGGGAUAGUAUUGCCCUAUAGAACAAACUGCUAAUUGCUCAUCUCGUCAUGUAGGUGGCCAGGGGACGUUCCAUGCCCUGUUGAACUGUGUGGUCCAUGUCAUCAUGUACUCCUACUACGGCCUGUCUGCCCUGGGCCCCGCCUACCAGAAGUACCUCUGGUGGAAGAAGUACCUCACCACUAUUCAGCUGGUACAUACUGCACUGAACUAGACUAGUGUGGGAGUUGAAGUUGAAUUUGAAUCAAUAGUCAUACGUUUUUAUGAACAAGGAUCUGAUUCUUGGGAUGGUCCAAUAAUUAUGUUCAAAACAAGUAAUAUUUGACCAACCUUUGUCUGUCCUCAGAUCCAGUUUGUGAUCGUUACCACCCACAUCUGGCAGUACUUCUUCAUGAAGGACUGUCCCUACCAGUUCCCAGUCUUCAUCUAUAUCAUUGGCCUCUACGGCCUGGUCUUCCUCCUCCUCUUCCUCAACUUCUGGUACCAUGCCUACACCAAGGGCAAGAGGCUGCCCAAGGUCUUUCAGGCCAAAACCUGGGCCCACCCCUACAACAAAACCAACGGUGAAAUAACCAACGGGAAUGGUUUCCACUAUGACAAGGAUAAGUGA